AUGGUCCAGAUCAAAGCUUUCGAGGUAGAAGAAUGGAUGGAUCGUCUCGAGACAACGCCUGGUGCUCUCAACAUCGCCGAAACAUGCUGCGAGUCUGUGUCGAUCAAGGAGUUGACAGAGCUGUCGAGCGACAAGUCGGCUGCGGGCCCCCUUGACAUUGCAACCCGACGAAUGACUUACGGCGCCAUUUACGGAUCAGAGAAGACGCGCCAGCAGAUCGCCAACAUGUACGCAAACGAUGUUUCGGGCUCUCUCCCCAGCGAUCAAGUCGUCAUUACGCAGGGAGCCAUCGUUGCCAACUUCCUCACUCUCUACACCCUCGUCGGCAAGAAUGAUCAUGUAAUCUGUGUAUACCCGACCUACCAACAGCUGUACGAAGUUCCCAAAAGCUUGGGCGCUGAUGUGAGCCUCUGGAAAUUGAAGGCUGAGAAUGGAUACCUCCCGGACAUCCGAGAACUUCAAGACCUGAUGAUCAUUAUCAACAAUCCCAACAAUCCCACUGGUGUCACUACGCCCAAGCAUGUUCUAGAAGAUCUCGUCGCGUUUGCCAAGUCGAGAAACAUCAUCGUCAUGGCGGACGAGGUAUAUCGACCCCUCUUCCACAGCCUUCCUGUAGGAGAAAGCAUGCCCCCAUCGAUCCUGUCUUUGGGCUAUGACCGAACCAUUUCUACCUCGAGUAUGUCGAAAGCUUUCUCUCUUGCCGGCAUCCGCGUGGGAUGGAUCGCAUCGAGAGAUCCUGGAAUCAUUGAGGCCGUCAAGAGUGCGCGGAACUACACGACCAUCAGCGUCUCGCAGCUGGACGAUCAAGUGGCCGGCUAUGCUCUCUCUGAUGCGGUCAGACCAAACCUCAUCCAUAGAAACAUCGAGCUUGCAAGGACAAACCUUGAGAUCCUCGAGACCUUUAUCAAGAAGCACCAGUCUGUUUGCUCCUGGGUAAGGCCCACAGCCGGUACAACGGCAAUGAUUGGCUUUCGAAGAGGCGACGAACCAGUUCGAGAUGACGAGUUCUGUCUUGAAAUCCUUAAAGAGACUGGGGUUUUGAUAAUGCCUGGGUCUACCUGUUUCGGUGAGGGCGUUGACUUCAAGGGCCAAAUGCGCUUUGGUUACGUAUGUCGGACAGAAGUGCUGAAAGAAGGCCUGGAGAAACUGAGUGUUUAUCUAGAGCAGAGCUUCCACUAA